AAUUUAGAUUUUGGCCUUUUCUACCAUCUGCUUGACUAAUCCAACUUAUUUUGUGUGACAUGUGUAAUAGUGUAGGGACUUCAGUUGUCUCUGCCUGGUGGUAAAGUGCUCCUGGGACCUAGUAGUGAAAGGCUUCCUAUUCCAAUGCCAAUCUCUGCAAAGCCCGUUCUUCCCUUGUGUUUAUUUUCUUUCAGACACUUUCCAAUGUUAUUGAGGAGCUGAGAGAGGCAACGCAGGAACUCAUGACUUCAGCUGGAAUAGUUCAGCAUACUUAACAGUUAGAUGUUCAGCCCUGCCACAGAGGGCUUGAGUUGUGUCUUUAACCUUCAAGUUUCUGAGCUUAUCUAGUUACUGCUGCAACACAGCAGAAAAUGAAAUUUUUCUUUCUCUUAAAGUGUUUGUAGAUAUGUAUGCUGCCUUAUCUGCUUAGAAGUUUUUGUUUGUUUGUUUUUUUUAAGUGGUUGAUUAGCUUAUAGUUUACACUGGAAACAUGGUGUAAGUAGGGAGCAGUGGAAAAUGAGUGACAAAUGUUUCCUUCAUCUUUCUUUAAAGCUUUCUGGGGAAUGUGUGGGUAGUAAUUCUUGUGAGGCUUGAUUUUUGAACACAUCCUUUGCUUUAUGUUCCUUGAGAUCAAAAUGCCUUCUUUAUUUUCCUUUCUUGGUUGUAUUUCUUUCUUUUCAUCCGUCUUACACAGAUUCUUUAUGAUAAUUCUUUGUGUAUGGAAGGGGAGUACCCAGGAGUAACCAGCACUGUCCAGAAGUGACAGUGCAUGAUUUGAACAGAUAAACUUGUGACUUUGUAGUUGGCCUGGCCCUCUCUUUAGGCUGUAUUGUUGGUUUGUACCAUGAUUUCUGCUGUGAUGUGCUAGAGUAGCGUAACAGCCAGCUUCGGUUCUUGUCCUUUAGAGAAAGGAAAUGCAAAUUUUCUCUGAUCCGUCCUUCCUUUGUGUUUACUUUUCUCCUUCCCCUGCUUUACAAAGGGACGUACAACCUUUAAAAACUGGAUCUUUGUUAUCUUCUCUCUGUACCGUUAUUAAGGUAAUGCUGCCUGUUCCGUUGGUUGGAACAGAGACUUCAGACAGGCUGUGAUGAGCAGCUGGGUGACCUUCACAGCAGGGCUGCCUCACGGUAGAACAUGAGCAGGUAAUGCACAAGGAGCACCACUGGGAAUCAUGUCAGACGAGUCAAUCUCAGGGAGUGAUCCGGACCUGGACCCGGACUUGGAGCAGGAGGAUAUGGAAGAGGAGGAGGAGGAAGAUGAGGAGGAGGCGAUGGAGGAGGACAACGAUGGGGAUGACGAAGAAGACUUACUUGAUGAGAGUGACCAACCCCAGGAAGCUGUGUUCAGUGGUGACCAUGUUGAACAUGCGGAGCAGGAUGGAGAAUGGCAGCGCUCUACUUCAACUACCUCAUCUCAGAGUGAGCGGGCAGAGCGACUCUUGCAGAACCAGCACAAGAGCCUGGCCUCUGAGGACACCAAAAAGAAGAGGGCUCAGAAACCAUCUCACAUGCGGAGGAACAUAAGAAAGCUCUUGCGUGAGGACCAGCUAGAAGCCGUGACAAAAGCAGCCCAGCAGGAAGAGUUGGAGAGAAGGAAACGGCUAGAGCAGCAGCGGAAGGAUUAUCCAGCCACUAUACCAACUGUACCCCUAGAGUUUCUUCCUGAGGACAUCGUUUUCAGAACAGCAGAGGCUACCCAGCUCCCCCCUCAGGUCCUGGCUGAGGAAGUGAUCUGCCUAGAUAGUACCAGCAGUGGCAGUGAAGAUGAUGCUAAAGGAAAAAAUAGCAUUAAAGAUGAAGUGAUUGAACUGAGUUCAGGAGAAGAUGAUGCCCUCCAAAUUGUGGACAGCAGUGACUCUGGCAAUGAAGGGGAGGAGGAUGGCAGUGAAGAGAGCAGUGGCUCUCAUGUGAAUGAUGCCUUAAAUCAGUCGGAUGCUCUGGGGCAAGUCAUUGUCAACAUCAAUCAUCCACCAAAUGAGGAGGACAUUUUCCUGGCUCCCCAGCUUGCGCAUGCAGUAAAACCUCAUCAGAUUGGUGGCAUCCGAUUCCUGUAUGACAACUUGGUCGAGUCCUUGGAGAGAUUUAAAACCAGCAGUGGGUUUGGGUGUAUUUUAGCACAUAGCAUGGGCCUGGGCAAGACCAUACAGGUCAUCUCUUUCUUGGAUGUACUUUUUCGGCACACGGAGGCAAAGACUGUUCUUGCUAUUGUACCUGUGAAUACGCUCCAAAACUGGCUAGCAGAAUUCAACAUGUGGCUCCCAGCACCUGAAAACCUUCCUGCUGAUUAUAACUCCAAAGAGGUCCAGCCCCGUACCUUCAAAGUCCACAUCCUGAAUGAUGAACACAAGACAACAGCUGCACGUGCAAAGGUGGUGAAUGACUGGGUGACAGAAGGUGGUGUGCUGCUGAUGGGAUAUGAGAUGUACCGUCUCCUUUCACUGAAGAAGUCCUUUGCCACUGGCAGGAAGAAGAAAACAAAGAAACAAGCUGGCCCUGUCAUUAUUGACUUGGAUGAGGAAGACCGGCAGCAAGAGCUUCUGAAAGGGAUUGAGAAAGCUUUGUCUCGUCCUGGCCCAGAUGUGGUUAUUUGUGAUGAGGGGCACAGGAUAAAGAACUGCCAUGCCAGCACUUCGCAGGCCCUGAAGAACAUCCGCUCCCGCCGGCGGGUGGUGCUGACUGGCUACCCACUCCAGAACAACCUCAUUGAGUACUGGUGCAUGGUAGACUUUGUCCGACCUGAUUUUCUAGGCUCACGGCAGGAAUUCAGCAACAUGUUUGAGCGCCCUAUCUUGAACGGGCAGUGUAUUGACAGCACCCCUCAAGAUGUCCGUCUCAUGAGGUAUCGCAGUCAUGUCCUGCAUAGCCUGCUGGAAGGCUUUGUGCAGCGGCGGGGCCACAAUGUGCUGAAGGUUCAGCUGCCAUCUAAGGAAGAACACGUCAUUUUGGUACGUCUGUCAAAGAUCCAGCGGGCCCUAUAUACGGAGUUCAUGAACCGGUUCCGAGAUGCAGGCAAUAGUGGCUGGCUGGGCCUGAACCCACUCAAAGCUUUCUGUGUCUGUUGUAAGAUCUGGAACCAUCCAGAUGUGCUGUAUGAAGCUCUGCAAAAGGAGAAUCUGGCAAAUGAGCAGGAUUUGGAUGUGGAUGACCUUGGCACAGCAAGUACUAAUUCCCGCUGCCAGCCUCAGGGAAUUAAAGUCAAAACGGAGAGUAAUGCAUCACCAGUUGGAGAAGCUACCAAUAGCAAGUUCCUCCAGAGCGUUGGCUUCAACCCUUUUCAGGAGAGAGCAAAUCAGGUCGUUACGUACGAGUGGGCCAAAGACAUCUUGUGUAAUUACCAGACGGGAGUCUUGGAGAACUCACCCAAGAUGGUGUUACUGUUCCACCUAAUUGAGGAAAGUGUGAAGCUUGGAGACAAGAUCUUGGUCUUCAGCCAGAGCUUGUCCACAUUAUCUGUCAUUGAAGAGUUUUUGGCAGAGAGACCAAUGCCGAGUCCUCCAGGCUCAGAUGGAGGAGUUCACAACUGGGUCCGAAACAUCAACUAUUACAGGCUGGAUGGCAGCACCUCUGCCUCAGAAAGGGAACGACUGAUUAACCAGUUCAAUGACCCCAGCAACACCUCUGUUUGGCUCUUCCUUUUGUCCACACGUGCUGGGUGUUUGGGUGUCAACCUCAUUGGAGCAAACAGAGUGGUGGUGUUUGAUGCUUCUUGGAACCCAUGCCAUGACGCCCAGGCCGUGUGCCGAGUGUACCGCUAUGGGCAGAAGAAGCCGUGCCACAUUUACAGACUGGUUUCUGAUUACACCCUUGAGAAGAAGAUCUAUGACCGUCAGAUCUCCAAGCAGGGCAUGUCAGAUCGAGUGGUUGAUGAUCUGAACCCAGUGUUGAACUUCACCCGUCGGGAAGUGGAGAACCUGCUGCAUUUUGUGGAAGAGGAAUCCGACCCCGCUCAGCUCUCCCUCAAUCCAAGCAAGAUGAAGGAGUCUGUUCUUCAAUUAGCCUGUCUCAAGUAUCCUCACCUCAUCACCAAGGAGCCUUUUCAGCAUGAGUCACUGCUGAUCGACCGGAAGGAGCACAAGCUGACCAAGGCAGAGAAGAAAGCAGCCAAGAAGAGCUAUGAGGAGGAAAAACGAGCAUCCGUCCCCUACACCCGGCCGUCCUACGCACAGUAUUACCCAGCCAGUGACCAGAGUCUGACGAGCAUCCCUGCCUUUAGCCAGAGGAACUGGCGACCAGCCCUCAAGGGCGAGGACAAGCCAGUGGCAAGUGUCCGCCCAGUUCAAUCCACCCCCAUUCCUAUGAUGCCCCGGCAUGUCCCCAUGGGCAGCGCAGGAUCAACCUCAAGUUCCAACCCCGCUGUCAAUUUCCCCAUCAACUAUCUACAGCGAGCCGGUGUCUUUGUGCAGAAGAUUGUCACCACCACAGAUAUUGUGAUUCCGGGUACAAAUACAUCCACUGAUGUACAGGCAAGAAUCAGUGCUGGUGAGAGCAUCCACAUCAUCCGAGGGACAAAAGGGACGUAUAUCCGGACCAGCGAUGGGCGGAUUUUUGCUAUCCGGACCACUGGGAAGCCAAAGGGCAAUGAAGACCGUCGGACAGCUGCCUCAGGCUCCCAGAGCUCUUCGCUGGAGUCCACAAGCAAUGGCAGACACAGUGCCUCAUCACCGCAGCUCCCCAGCGCGGAGGAGCUCACUCGGCCCAUAUCCCCCGACAGCCCCGAGAUCAUCAGCGAACUGCAGCAGUACGCGGAGGCAGCGGCUGCGCGGGAGUCCCGGCACAGCUCUCCCAGCACCAACGCCGCUCCAGGCCACCCUGCCCGCGUGGACAACGCGCCCGGCUUGGCGGCCCGCGGAGCCGAGCAGCGCGUGGGGAUUCACUGCACGGCUCCCUCCGUGUCUUCAGCCCUGCCGGCCACCAGCCAGCACGUCGAUGCCCACUCGGUGUUGGACUUACGGGGCAACAAGCGCAAGUCAACCUCGCCAUCGGCUCCGGAGGAGCAGGCCCGCAGGCAGCAGAAGAAGCGCCAGUUGCCAUCGUCCGUGCAGCCGUACGAACACGGGUACCCCGUCUCUGGUGGGUUCGCCAUGCCUCCUGUCUCUUUAAACCACAACCUAACCCAUCCAUUUGCCUCCCAACCAGGAAACUCCUUGUACAUGGGCACUGGCUCCUCUUAUUACCAGCUGCCCAAUUUACUCCCAGACCCUCAUCUGGUGUUCCCUGUGACUACUGACCCUCUGCUGACAGCCGGCACCGCCAGCUCUUCUGCUGCUACCUCAGCCACCGCCAGCGUCCCCUCAUUCAUGCUAAACCCUUCUCUGACGGGGGUGCUGCCCAAUUACUCGCUUCCCUUCACGCAGUCACUCCUGCCCGAGCCCAGGAUGUUUGCUCCUUUCCCAGCCCCUGUCUUGCCUAGCAGCCUUCCCAGGAGCAUGGCAUCUGCCUACCCUGGCUACAUGUCCCCUCACUCGGGCUACCCGGCCGGGGGCCUCCUUCGGUCCCAGGUGCCUCAGUUUGAACCCCAGGAGGUCCCAGAGGUGGGAUGCAGCUCUAAUGACGAGGACAAAGACGACGAUGUUAUAGAGAUCACAGGGAAAUAACGGGCCCAGCUCCUGCUUGGUCUCAGCUCCGCCAGGAGGCAAAAGUUGCAGGACCUUUUUGGGAGUCAGGAUUUCCCCUCUGGGCCACGGCAGCGGGUGGAGAAGGAUGCAAAGGGUGUGGCGUGGGGGUGGUUUUGUUCUUUUCAUUUUGUUUUGUUGUUUUUUAGCUGUCGAGGAUCUGAAUUGUAUUAGGGGCUGGGAGAUGGGAGGGGGAUAGAGUGGACCUGCGAGGGCCGGGGGGAGCGAGAACCAGGGGAGGAAGGAAGCAGCAAUGCAAACCAUAUGAGUGCCUCCCUUCCACGCUCUGUCUGUCUGUCUGUCUCUGUUCUCUGUCUUGUCUGGAAGGGGGAGGCUUGGUGUUGCGAGUCAGUGCCCUUCUCAGGCCUGGAGGCAUGGGCUUGACCGCUGGCAGGGCCGAGCUCCCUCUCACAUGAACUGCCUUAUCUGUGAACUUCUCUCACUCUGGGAGGCGUGGGCCAGAGGGGCAACUCCAGCAGAGGUUGGGGACGAAGCGUUUUUACU